AUUGAAUUAACCAAUUGUAGGCCUUAGACAGAGUCGCACAGUAACACUAGGGCGGGUCACAUAAACCCAGAUUUGAACUGCCCACUGAAAAUUCUUCUCAGAUUCACAACCGUAGAUUGGAUCAAGAUGAUGACCUGAAAAUAGCAGAUCAAACCGAAGACUUUCCCUGUCAGAAAGUCCAAUUUUUUUUAUCAAGAGAUACGAACAUAUUCAAAGGGUCUUUUCCGAUUGUCGAUUCAGAUCCGAUAGGGGCUUGGAACUGACGGCGGGAUGGCCUCCACCGUCCGAUCUUUCUGCAUCUUCAUCUUCUUCUUCUACACCGCGUUCCUCGUGUCUGUUGCUUUCGGCAAGUAUGAAGCUGAUGAGACUGUCACUCUGUGGGUGAACAAGGUUGGUCCGUAUAAUAAUCCCCAAGAGACCUACAAUUACUACAUUCUUCCAUUUUGCCACGCACCUGGCAACCCUGCUCACAAAUGGGGUGGGCUUGGUGAGGUUCUUGGAGGGAAUGAGCUCAUCGAUAGCCAGAUUGAAAUAAAAUUCAAGAGAGAUGUGGAGAAGACUACGGUCUGUGAAAUUGAACUUGAUGCAGCAAAAGCUAAGCAGUUUAAGGAUGCAAUUGAUAAUUCAUACUGGUUUGAAUUUUUUAUGGAUGACCUGCCGUUGUGGGGUUUUGUUGGUGAGGUUCUUCCUGAUAGAAACCGUGAUAAUAAGCAUGUGCUAUGGACACACAAGAAUCUUGUCAUCAAUUACAAUGGGAACCAGAUUAUUCAUGUCAAUCUCACUCAAGAUAACCCUAAGCCACUUGAAGAGGGACGAGUGCUGGAUAUGACAUACUCCGUCAAAUGGGUUCCAACGAACAUUACAUUUGCGCGCCGUUUCGAUGUUUAUUUGGAUUAUCCGUUUUUUGAGCACCAGAUCCACUGGUUUUCUGUCUUUAAUUCUUUCAUGAUGGUAAUUUUCCUUACUGGAUUGGUGUCAAUGAUAUUAAUGCGAACUCUGCGCAAUGACUAUGCCAAAUAUGCCCGGGAAGAUGAUGAUCUCGAGACUCUGGAACGGGAUGUAAGCGAAGAAUCUGGUUGGAAACUUGUCCACGGUGAUGUGUUCCGGUCUCCCCAUAAUUUGGCUCUGCUAUCAGCAGUUGUCGGCACUGGCGCUCAGCUGGCCACACUUGUUUUGCUCGUCAUUAUUUUAGCAAUUGUGGGAAUGCUUUACAUAGGGAGAGGAGCAAUUGUCACCACCUUCAUCGUAUGCUAUGCUUUAACCUCGUUUAUUGCUGGUUACAUCAGCGGUGGCAUGUAUUCCCGCAAUGGUGGUAAGAAAUGGAUUAAGUCAAUGAUCCUCACUGCCUCACUCUUCCCAUUCUUGUGCUUUGGAAUUGGCUUCAUCCUUAACACAGUUGCUAUAUUUUAUGGUUCACUGGCCGCCAUCCCUUUUGGUACUAUGGUGGUUAUUUUUGUCAUAUGGGCCUUUAUUUCAUUCCCCUUGGCUCUUCUUGGCACCGUUGUUGGAAGAAACUGGAGUGGCACCCCAAACAAUCCUUGCCGAGUGAAGACAAUCCCUCGUCCAAUUCCCGAGAAGAAAUGGUACCUCACGCCAUCCGUUAUCUCUCUCAUGGGGGGUCUGCUUCCUUUUGGAAGCAUCUUUAUCGAGAUGUAUUUUGUCUUCACCUCUUUUUGGAAUUACAAGGUUUACUAUGUGUACGGCUUCAUGCUUCUCGUCUUUGUGAUUCUGAUCAUUGUCACCGUUUGCGUGACAAUCGUGGGCACAUAUUUCUUGCUGAAUGCCGAGAACUACCACUGGCAGUGGACUUCGUUUUUCUCCGCUGCCUCAACUGCUCUAUAUGUAUACUCCUAUUCGGUAUAUUACUAUCAUGUCAAGACCAAGAUGUCGGGCUUCUUCCAGACCAGCUUCUAUUUUGGAUACACUUUGAUGUUUUGUCUUGGUCUUGGAAUACUAUGUGGUGCGGUUGGAUUUCUGGGCUCUAACUUAUUUGUCAGGAGAAUUUACAAGAACAUCAAGUGCGACUAGAUUUCUAUAAUACAUACGUGAAGUACUUUGGUUUGAUUGUUGGAUCAUAAGUUGAAUGUGACGAUGGGGAAACGAGGAAAGAGAGCCUGAGAAGACGAGUCGAAUCUUUUUGUAGCAGUGGAUUCAUUAAUGUUACAGCUUUUGGCUAUAGAGAUUUGGGAUUGUUAAUUAGAAAUAACUACAUUUUGCAUACUCCCAUUAACAUAAAAAUAUUUGUAGUUGUAAAUCUCGUGCCUUAUAGGGCAUUUGUCACCUGACUCGCUAUAUUAACUCGGACUCUGAUGAUUCUUGAUUUUUUCGUCCUGACUGAGUUCGAGCAUAAAAACUAAAACUUGACUGGAUUUAUUUCCUUUUCUGUUUAGUGGUUUGUUUUCAUUUUA